UUACAAGCGAAUAUUUACUUUAAAUCGUUUUAAUGCACCGUGAUCAGUGAAUUUUACAUUGUAUAUGUAUUUCUUAGAGUCUGGCAUGAUUCAUGGCAACCUGUUGCAAACGUACUUUUUGUAAGAAUAUUUAAGUAGAAAGCAAAAAGCAUAUGGAUGGAAUUUAGCUUAAAGUAUUUCAAGUAUUCGUCAUGUAUGUAGCUUGCUCAUUAAUGCGUAUAUGUACAUACAUAACAACAGUACAUGGUAUUGUUUCCAUAAAUGCAAAACUGGUUUAAUUAGUGGAAAACCCAGAUCGUCGCGAGGUCGUCGAGUAUCAAGCGCGAUACACAAAUUUUUCAACCGUACUAGAAUUCGUUUGAUCCGUGUUUCUUCAAUUUUCAUUUUUUCCCCUCGCAGAUGACGAAACACGUGAUUAAUACGUGAUUAUUUGCAUAAACUUUUGUAUUCCAGACGAUGUCAGUGUGACGCGUAGCGUAUUUAUUAUUGGAAAACGUACGUUUGCUCGAUUGUAAAAGUCUCAAGAAACUUACUGUUAUCGCAAUUGACAUAUAUUUUGAAGAAAAAGUUUCGAUAUGCACACAGGUUGGCCAAAGACAAUGCAAUACCUUGUACAAUGCAUAAUGUGCGUGUAAACGAAUAUUGGAUAUCGGAGUGUGGAUAACGCAAGGUUUUGUAGUUAAAGAAAUUAAAACAAGGGACAGAGAUAACGUGCAGGAAUUUUUUUAUAGCAACAAAUGAUCGUGGAGAAAAAUGCCGAUAUUUUCGAAAUUAUAUCGUAGAUUUCAUAUGUUAACGACCGAUGCGAUACCCGAGCCGCCACGAAUAGAAAUCUCAGGAAAUACGCAUAACGUAAACCCAAACGAUGCAAAUGACAGAACCAACGUGGAAUCGACGUUUGUGCCUGUCGCGUCGGAAUUACAAUUCGAACGAAACAAUAAAACAGCAUCGGACGAAAAGAAAUGUUUGCCAAACGAUGCAGCACCUACGAAUACUCGUUCUUCCAAGACAGAGGAAAACUUUGAUGACAUAAAAUCUUCGGCGACCGAUGCGAAACAGCAUACGAGACCGAAUGUUAAAACAAAAAUGAAACCGAAACAACAUAGGUAUUCACAUGUUGUCAAUUACAACAUAGUUAAUUCAAACGGAGUGCAAAUUGGCUCGACGACCAAUUAUAUUUGCAAAUUUCCUACAAAAAGUGCCGCAUCGGCGGAAGAAUCAUGGUCGAAAUCAAAGAUAAGAGAAAUGCCCGUGGAGGUAGAACGUUUAUGCGCUUGUACCAAGGAAAUUACAUUGAACGAUAUAUUUAUUAUUAAAACUCACGUUGGACGCGGCUGGAAAGACGUUGCCAGAAGGCUGUUAUAUUCGGACGGUCAAAUCGAACAAUUUGAAGAGAAUUAUAGGUCCAGAGGAAUAAGUGAAGUAAUUUAUCAGAUAUUUCUUGAUUGGAAACAAGCUAACACGAAAGACGCAGAAAUCGGGAAUUUGAUAAAUCUGUUAUGGACUUGCCAGGAAUAUGAUUGCGUAGAACGGACUAAAACUGGUGCUGAUACAUUAAAUAAUGUCUUAUGAUAAAGCCAUUCGUCGUGAAUGCUAUGUAUUUGCUUCAAGUAUUCCAAGGAUACAGCAGUUUCUUCCUUUCUU